ACCGGUUACUAUUAUGACUUGUGAACUCAGCAACGCGUUUUUAAACCUUGCGGGUCCAUACACCAAUUUGAGUUGCAGGGGUCAGACCAUGUUAGAAGAAGAAGCGGUCCAUGGUUUGGUUUAGAUAUCACACCUUCUGCUCCAUUUCUUUAGGUUGUCCUUUUCAUCAAUUACGUUAUCAACGUUGUUUCCUUGGGAUUAAACUCUGUCCAAACUAUGUUUCUUGCAAAAAAAAAGAUGGCUUCUGAAUAGUGUUUACGUUGACAAACAACAAGAAUGAGCAAGAACAGGAAACUCAUUCGGUUCAGCAAUCUUUGUGGGCUUUCGCGCUUUCUGGUGGUGUUCUUGUUGUUUCACAACUUGGGUUUGUGCUGUUCUUUAAAUGAUGAAGGUCAUGUUCUUUUGAAGUUGAGGCAGAGAAUAGUGAGUGACCCUUUUGGUGCUUUGUCAAAUUGGAUUGACGAUGAAGCAGUUCUUGACCCUUGUAAUUGGUUCGGAGUUGAAUGCUUAGAUGGAAGAGUUGUGGUCUUGAAUUUGAAAGAUCUCUGCCUUAAAGGAACUCUGGCACCUGAGAUUAUGAACCUGGUACACAUAAAGUCUAUUAUUUUGAGGAACAACUCAUUCUUUGGGACCAUACCUGAAGGAUUUGUUGAUUUGCAAGAAUUGGAGAUUUUGGAUUUGGGAUACAACAACUUCAGUGGACAUCUACCUGCUGAUCUUGGGAGUAAUAUCUCACUAGCAAUCCUUUUGCUAGACAACAAUGAGUUUCUUGUUGGUUUCUCUCCCGAAAUCAAUGAACUGAAGAUGCUUUCUGAAUGUCAAGUGGAUGAAAACCAUCUAACUAAUGCUGCUAAAAUGCCAGUUUGUGCAGAAAAAUCCAACACAUGGCAUAUUGGUCAAAGAAAAGGUUCUCGGGGCCUACUAGAAAACAAUAUACAAUAUCGUCGUUCUCACGAAGACCCUCGUAAUCGUGAGGCUAAUUCCCCUCUUACGAGCCCUUCUCCUGCUGCUUCCCCAUCACCACAAGUUCAGAAUUCAAUUCCUCCUAAGGAAAAUGCUUUUCAUUCUCCUCCUUCUCUGUCUACACCAGGCUUUGAACCACUAUCUAAAAGCACCUCCUCAAGAAAUCAUCGAGUCCCUAUUUUUGUUGGAGUUAUUGGUGCUGUAUUACUUCUUAUUACUUGCAUUGGAAUAUAUCUUUGGAAAACCGACAAGGUUGCUAAUGUCAGACCUUGGGCCACGGGACUAAGUGGACAGCUUCAGAAGGCCUUUGUGACUGGUGUGCCAAAGCUAAAGAAAUCAGACCUUGACGCAGCAUGUGAAGAUUUUAGUAAUGUAAUUGGCACUUCACCCAUUGGUGCACUGUACAAAGGAACUUUGUCUAGUGGUGUGGAAAUAGCUGUAGCUUCUAUUCCGAAGACAUCAUCUAAGAAUUGGUCGAAGACUUUAGAAGCCCAAUUUAGAAAGAAGGUAGAUACAUUGUCGAAAGUGAACCACAAGAAUUUUAUCAAUCUUAUUGGAUAUUGUGAAGAAGAGGAGCCUUUCACCAGAAUGUUAGUUUUUGAAUAUGCCCCAAAUGGAACACUAUUUGAGCAUUUACACAUAAAAGAAGCUGAGCACUUGGAUUGGGGAACAAGACUUAGAGUUGCAAUGGGUAUGGCUUAUUGCCUGCAACAUAUGCACCAGUUGGACCCUCCUAGUGUCCUUAUCAAGCUGAAUUCAUCAACUGUUUACCUGACUGAUGACUAUGCUGCCAAAAUCUCAGAUUUGAGUUUCCCUACUGAAAUAACUUCUUCAGCUGAGACUAAAACUGGUGACAGAAAACACAUUAACACACCAAUAGCAAGUCCAGAAAGUAAUGUGUAUAGCUUUGGUGUUUUAUUAUUUGAAAUGAUUACUGGUCGUCUCCCUUAUACAGUGGAAGAAGGAGAUUCACGUGAAAACUGGGCAUCACACUAUUUGCAAGGAGACCAACCCAUCAAAGAAAUCGUGGAUCCAAUUCUAGCAUCUUACCAAGAAGAUCAACUUGAACAACUUGUUGCACUGAUUAAAUCUUGUGUUCAACCUGAUCCAGAGCAGAGGCCAAAAAUGAAAGAUGUCAGUGAGAGGUUGAGAGAGAUAACAAAAAUAACAGCUGAAUCUGCAUUUCCAAAACUUUCUCCACUUUGGUGGGCAGAGCUUGAGAUUUCUUCAGCAGAAGCACGCUGAAAUCAGUGAAGCAGAUUGUAAUUAGUUUAAAGUCUGAGAGCUUUUAAGCAUUGUGAUCCUUUUUUCUUAGGUGAAGGCACAAAAAAGUUCUCAUCUCCUGUAUCUAUUAUAGGACAUGAUGGCAAAUGACAUGUGGGAGACCAAAAAGCGUGGUGAAGUGCUUUUUCGUGCCUCGUUUGUUUGUAGCUUAUGGAAUUGCACCUAGAUAAUAGCUUUUGUAUAUCAGUUAAUUUCAAGUCAGAAUCAAUGUAUGUGGUGAAUCAAGAGAGUAUGCUAUUCGCCUAUUCCAACUCUUCUUUCAACGGACCAUAAUUUUUGCCG